UACUAAAUAAUUAACUAAUUAGGUUAUGGUAGACCAAGACAUACAGAGUUUACAUCUUCUGUACCUAACACACAACCAGAAAGCUAGCUACUCCCAACUAUGCCAGUACUUCUCCGCUAAGCUACGCUCGGCCAGCUUCACGGACGAUGAUAUCAAACACUUGCUGACCAUUAAGACGAAGAUGUCGUAUGUAGUGUACGCCUGUAAAAUGCACACUUUGACUGACGCUGAUACCAUACUUGACAAACUCAACGAGCAUUUCAACAAGAAAACGUCGUGGUCCGAAAGUGAAGCUGAGUUACAGUUUCUAGUGAACCAUUUUCAAGAUAAGCUCAAGUAUACCAGCUUCUCCUGGAUGAUAAGUGAGGAACGAAAGAAAUAUUCCCACAUCCACGAUAUGGAGGCAGGCCCGGUGAAAGAUUUACAAGAUCUGACCAUUUCCAUGGACUACAUUGACCACGUUAGACUUGCGAAAUACCGGCAAAGCUGUGUCAUUCAACAACCUGACGUAGAAUUCUCCCACGAGCUAAGCUCGGUCCAAGAGAAGUUUGACAUGUGUUACGACGCAAUCAGCCAGCACCUCAACAAUCUCCGUCACCACAUCUACCGAGUAGACAGGGACAGCAGUGGCAUGCUCAGAGUCAUGAGGUCACUGUACGAUAUCACCGAGAGGAACGUAGAACAAGAGAUUGACAAGUGCAGAUUACGAACCGACUACAUCCUGUUCUGCCUGCGGCAAUGGCGCUCCAUGUCACAGGAGAUAAAGCACAUCUUCAACAACAACCCAACCAUGAUGACGAAGAUGGAUAAGCAGAUAGAAACAUCAAUACGGUACAUAGAACGUAUCCUGCAGUUGUCAUUUGUCAUGACCCGGCAACCUGACGAUAUUAACGUCAUGCAGACUCCCAGUACCCACAGAAUUCUCCGGGAAAGAGAGUUUAUCAAGGGGUCCUUCCUGGCGUACAACCCCAACUGCCCCAUCCAGUGGAUAAACAUCUCUUCAGCCUGCCAGAUGUACCUGAUAGGUCUCAACGAGUACAAAUCGUCGGACAGCGUGUUAGAAAACUUCUCUCCUAAUCGGAAGACUGCUUAUGAGGGUGAUCUGUAUGAGCCCAAGGGUAGCAGAAGCAACUCUAACAACCCGCAGAAGUUUGUUGGCAGUGACGUUUGUUUCCCGCGAGUUCACAUGAUAAACCAGAAUCUGAAACGCCGCUGCCGCGAGAUUAACACCGCGUCCAACAAAAGGAAACACGAGGACGUGGUUAACUGCAACGCUGCCCCAGAAGAGAUAUUCAGUUUUGUGCUAAACUUUGACGUGUCGUACGACGUACGUGCACCGUGGAACAAGUUUGUGGAGGAUGGGGCUGCUGCGCGGCGCAGCCUCAACCUUCAGACCUGCUCCAAACCUGUGGCUAUCUUAGUGCACGCGAGCCAGAAACCGUUAGCAGAAGGAAAGCUGUUUUGGUGUCGAUUCAACCCGAAGUGGUACCUGCCUCUUCACGAGGAAACUAGUGUGACUGCAGAGAACUUUAAGAAAACUCUUUAUGAGUACACGUUUGACAACUUCGGGCGGGAACUAUCAGGGAGAGAGUUGGAUUAUUUGAUGAGCCAGAUCACUCUGGACCACCGUCAGGGACACAAGCUCGUCGCCAAAUCGGUUCUGAAGGACGAGGCGCAAUACACGGAGCCCUCAGAAAACCCGCCCAAAAGAAAGUCAUUCUGGUGUUGGUUCUACGAUAUAGUGGUGUUCCUGGGGAAGGGGAAAGGAAAGCCCGCCACCAAAUGCAAUCAGGACAACCCACUGAAGAAACACUGGAGGGACGGGCGGAUCUGUCUGCUCUCCAAAGCGGAGGCUCAGAGUAUCCUCUCUAAACUCGGACCUGCUACUUCUGGAGCGGUUAUUCGGGUUUCGGAGUCGAAGCCACGGUUCCUGAACGUAUUAUCGUGUAACAACAAAUCGUGGGGGGUGGGAGAUAAGGAUGUGGAUGGAAUGGAUCAGAUCCUACUUAAUAAGUUCACCUACAUUUGGUCUGAGUGCAAGGAGAACUGGAUCAGAACUGAUCAAAUCAUCAAACCGAGAGUGGUAGAUAACGAGUGGUACAAGCCCCUGUCCGCCACAGAGCCAGCCCUGCCCUCCGCUCCCUCCACCCCCACACACUCCAUGCCUCAGACUACUGUGGGCUGCAUGUCCCCCGCUGCCAUGUCCAGCUGCAUGAGCCCCGCUGAUGGUAGUCCUAUUAACUACCCCAGCAACUUCCCUCCUUCUCCCUUUAUCUCUGUACAAGGGGGAGGCACGGAGGAGAUUAGUUGGAGUAGGAGAAGUAACACCCCCUCGCAAGAGUCCUACAUCAGUACCCCGCCCUACACUGAGGCUUAUAAUGAUAACAACUUCAACAACUUCGCCCCCUCGCCAGUGACUCAACAACCUCUCACUCCCUUUAACAUCCCUCCCGCUAACAUCGGUAACAUCCACCCGGGCAUGAUCCCCAGCACCAUACCCGGCAACUCACCCAGCAACAUGUUCCAUAUGAUGAGUAUAACUGAGCGGGAAUCUCGCAUCCUCUCCCCCGUUAAUAUCAGCCAGGGUAACCUGGCUCACAACGCUUUUAACCACUUUUAGAACCUUAAAAUCUUCUAGAAGCUUGCUCACAACGCUUUUAAACACUUUUAGAACCUUAAAAUCUUCUAGAACCUGGCUCAAAACGCUUUUUACCACUUCCAGAGUUGUGGUUGUGGUGGUGGAGUUGUGUUUUGGUCGGCAGUUGGAGGUGGUUGUUAUGUGCACUUAUCUUGCUUUUUCACGUCCAGGGAUAAAAUCUAUCACCCGCGGUUUUGUGGGUUAUCUUGAAUAUCCACGGCAGGAUGAUGAUUUACAGUACGGCAUUAAGAGGCUAAAAGCCUGAGUAGCUGUAGAUAUUUUCAUCCCUAGACGCAAGGAGAAAUAUUAAGAGCAUGGUCAGGAGCUUUAUAGUUACGGAGAUAAUAUUAUAGCAUUGACUGCAACCCUGUGCCCUUGGUACGUGCAAUUGGCACGUGCAAUUGGCACGUGAGCGUUGUUCUUCUCUGAUACCCCUGCUCAAUUAAAAUUCUAAACUUAAGAAUGGUUAAGACAGAACAUAUUCUCAUUGAGAAUGAUUGUCAUUCCAUUAAUAAAAGUAACGAAUGAAGAGUAGUAGCGAUUGUACUGAAGCAACCGUUGCAACAACAGGAAAAAUAUCAUUUACAUAAUGACAGCUCCUGAUCGUGACUAUUAUAGAAUUAAUCAAGAUUUCCGGAUAUGUUGGAUUGCUAAGGUCUCUGGCCAGACAACAUAAAAACAGUCUUAAUCUUUAAAGUGUUAAUCUUCGUAUAUUAUUGAGGUUUUUCUAUAGGUUGAUUUCACAGUAUCAAUUUUAUUGUUAAAACCAUGGUGGUGGCCUGAUUAAAUUAUGUACUAUUUCAAUUUUGAGAGACGGUGAAUUAUGUUAUUUUGUAAGAGUGUGUAGACGAGUUUAUCAUAGACUGUAGGCACCUGUGUAAAGUGGAAACGAGUAAUUGACCAAAUCCAUCCUCAGAUAAAUAAAUUUCUCAUCUUUUAACAUAAUGCCGUACAAAAAAGUCGCUGAUAAUUGCUAAUUUGAUAAUUUGAUUUCGUUCCCAUCGUCGGACCUCAAAAUCCUGACCUGAUGAGAGUUUGAUAAUUUUAACAGCUGCAUUUUCUUGGACUCCGUCUGAUGCUACCAUCCCGUGAGAUAAAGGUUU